UGACUGAUAAUUUAGCUGCCAGAUAGCAGGCAUUUAUCUUAUCAGGAGGUCGGAGCGGCAACAUAGCUCCAGACAAUGUUCCUUUGAACAGUUCAUGUUUAAAGUGCACAAGAGGUGUUUGAGUGUUUUGUGCCAACUGUUUUAAGUGUAGUUUAUCACGCCUAGUUCCCUUUGGGGUAUGCAGACAUGGAAUUUAAGCGCGAAAAGCAAUGGACGACGGAUUCCCCUCCGGUUCAUUGUCAGCUAAAUCCAGAAAACCAGAAUACCGCUCUUUUAGUUGCUACAAAAGCGAUCGACAAAGGCAAGAAACGCGAGCGAAGUGUCAACUUCACCAUCGAGGAGACCGAAUACUUGAUUUCAUUAAUAGACGCAAGAAAGCAGGUUAUAGAGAACAAAAAAAGCGAUGCGGUAACCUGGCAAGAUAAGGAGAAGGCCUGGAAAGCUAUUGAGCUGGAGUACAAUAAUGCUGGGAUUGGGCCCUUUCGGGAUGCGAAGCACUUGAAGGUUAAAUUCGAAGCAAUAAAGAGGGAUACACGAAAGAAAAUCAGUAACAAAAAUGGGAAUGGCAACCACGUUCCUUUAACACCAGUGGAAAAUAAAGUCAAAGAGAUGAUACUGCUGUCUGAUGAUGGGAAUGACACUACCUACGACUCUGAUCAAAUAGACAUGUCUGCAAGUGACGUUUUGCAAAUUGAUAUGGAUAUCAAGGUACCAUAUCCGGAGACAGACAGAAAUUCGGAUAUAAGCUUUGAAUAUCCAGAAGAGGAGCCUGAUCAAAAAAAGAUAUGCGUUAUACAAGAAGUAGAUUCAGUUCCCAAUACGUCCCAAGCACAGCCCGAAAAAGUAACGGACUGGAAACCUGCUUCGCCGAAAAUUUUCGUGAAAAAGCUUCCUGAUUUAUGUACAACAAAAUCACCGAAACGAUACGAUAAGCUGGUAGAAAAUAAAAUGGAAAUUAUAGAACUACAGAAGAAACUACUUAAGGAAGAAAUUGAAGAGAAGAAAUUAAAACAACAAUUAUUACUACACGAAAUAGAACAUAAAAAUCAAUUACAUCUUUUAGAGAAACAGCACAUGCUGCUUAAAAUUGAAUUAUUAAGAAAUGAAUUACAAAAACAACAAUAAAUUAAAGUAAAUUUAACAAACGUCUUUA